AUCAACGUGCUACACGUGGGAUACCAGCUUAAAGCAAGCCGUUAUUUUCAGGAAAAAGAAGGAUCACAGCUCCGUCCCUUUAUCUAUCCAGCCAUCCACCCACCCACCCACCCAAUAAUCUCGUCGUCUUCCGUUGAUCAUCUUCUUCCCAUCAAUCAAUCAAAGAGAGUCUCUCGAGGAUUCAGAAUCUCUCCCUUUCCGUCAAAUCAUAUCCUCUCUCUUUAUAUAGUAGAUUCCGAGAAGGAGUUUGUGAUGGUAGACAGCUACAGUAACCUAUCGUGGCUGGUAUGGAUCCAAAUGUUCGUCUUCUUCCUCCUCCUACUCCUCUUCUGCGUCUUCGGAUUACUAUCCUCCUCAGAUAUCAGCGUCUCAUCCGCUGAUUCACUUCCUUCUUCGUCCGCCUCUCGGAGGUUUCUAUCUGGAGAUCCGAUUCCGAUCAGCCGCCACCACGGCUUGGGGUUCUCCGUAGUUCAGUCUAAUCAGAUGGGAAGUUCUCAGGCCAUAAAAGGAGAGAUAGCACCAGCUGAAACAAGGAGAGUGACGAGAACAGAGGAAGAAGAAAGUUCUUCUUCUGAUGAAGACUCCAGUACUAGUAUUUUGUAUCAUCCCUGCAAUUUGUUUCAGCUUGCUGGAACUGCAUUCCUUAAGUGUUUUGGGCUUGACCGGAGUACAGAAGAAACUGAUGAUUCUCUGAGACCAGAAUCUAAGAAACAGAGGUGACCCCAAGUUCUUGUGAAUAUAGAAGCACAACAUACACGUUUUUAAUAUGAGUUCUCAUUCGUAGUAAAUUGAGUAGGAGAGAAUUAAGAAACUUGUAAGUAUAUACUAUGGAAAGGUUAUUAUUGUUGGGGUUGACGCGAACGAGUUAACUCAGUGAAUAUACUAUGGAGUUAAAAUA